CAGAGGUUUGUACGUACUUCACGACUGAGACUAAUCAUCGCCCUCAAGACUCAUCGCACUCAAGUCAUCCUCAAGACUCCCGGAGCAGAUUUGUUCACACUCACACCAUCACAUUUUAUAUAAAAUAUAUUAGGUUAUCUUAGAUAAUUUAAGUUAAGUAGUUAAGGUAGGUUAGGGUUUAGGUCACUUAAACUUUGCAAGAAGUUUUUUCUUUUUUUUUUUUCUUUUUUUUUUUUUGUCUUCUGUCCAGCAGGAUGCCAAGGAAGGGGAGGAGGUCUGAGGCGGCCAGGCGCCGAUGGAGUAAGCUCGACCUGGAGGAGCUGACUCCCUCCACUUUCCCCCUGAAGACGGUGUCCCCCCCGGCCGGAGAGGAGCCUUCCACAGGGUCGAGGACCAGGGAGACCCACCCCCCCUGCUCCCGAGCUCCAGUCAGCAACUUGGUUGGAUCUUCACCCCCAGCCAAGCCUUUCUGGAGCACGGGAGAUGUCCUUCCCAAAGUUCGGCCAUGCCGCGGUACCGGGUUCCGCCAUCGGGUGCUGAGGUGGCCAACUUCAAAGCUCACAGGACGGAGCCACAAGUUGGUCAUCCCGCCGGAGUCUCCUGACAAGAAGUUCGUUCUGAUUGUCGGGGACUCCCACCUGCGGUCCAUCGCGGACGGUUUCGCCGUGAUGCCAGAGGGUAAGUUCUCGUUUGGCGUCAUGUCGACCCCUGGGGCCCACGCUGCUCAGCUGCGGACGGAGGUCCUGCAUGCUGAUCUUCCUCGGGCCCCUGCUGCGGUCUGUGUUCUUGCCCCCAGCAACAACCUGACUGCAAGCAGGACCAUCGAGGAGGCAGCCGUCGACUAUGCAAGUUUCCUCACUGCUGUGAGGAGCCGCUGGCCGGAGGUUUUUGUGCUGGACUUCCCCCCCCGCCUGCAGGAGGAUGAGAUGUACCAGGUCCUCCUGCGCCAAGAGUACCACCGCGUGACAGCUCGUAUGGGUGUGAGGUACUUCUCUGUGGCGGAGCACUUCCCCCUUACGCGCUUGGAGCUGUGGAGCAGAGACGGCGUUCACCUGAGUGACCGUGAAGGGAUGGGCAUCCUCACCCAGCUGCUGUGGGCCGCGACGGAGCAGUUCCUCAAGACACCACCACCACCUCCCCCGGUGUCUCCCACUCCUUCACAGCCACUUGGGAAGGUAUCUCCUAAGCUGGUUGUGAAGGGCGAGGUAUGUGCUCCUCUGUCUCCUGACCCCUUCCAGUGGAAGGUCGUUGGUCGGAGAAGCAAGUCGCAGGUUCCUGGUCAGGCCAGCGUGGCGCAGCAGCAGGAGGAGUCCUUCCUCCCACUGAACCCAGUGUGGUUCAGUAGCACGAUCCUUCGUGCUGUGGAGGAGGUGUCUCCUUCUCGGCUGUCUGGCGUGGAGGACUGCAGGUCUCCUCCAGCGAGCAAGAAGGUGGCCUCCCCAGCGGCAGCCAGGCGUCGUAGGACCUCAGAGAGACGCCCCCCCCACCACCAGUCUCCUGUGAACACCCUGGUUGGAUCCCCUCCAACCAGGCUGUCACAGAGACUGGAGGACGACGCCCCCUCCAGCCCGGUUCCUCGGUCCAGGACCACGGACGGACCAUCCCCCCGCACCCAAAUUUCAGUGACCAACCUGAUGGAGUCCCCUCCAGUCAGGUUGUCCUGCAGUUUGGGUGAUCCGGAGACCCCCUGCUGUUCCCCGGUUGCGAAGGUGCCCAGGAUGAAGACUCCUUCACCGGCUGGACCAUCCAAGACCAUUAAAGAUGUGGCCCAUCAGUCUCCUCGCCCAGCUAAGACAUGGACACCAUUUCCCUCAUUGACUUCCUGGCCCUGGAUAAUCGACGAUGGACUCUCCAGCUCCCCUGGUAAAGAGGUCAGGACAUUUACAUUCGGGUUUAUCGUGGGUUUAAUAAAGUGCUUGUGUGUGGCUAGCCACAGUCAGGCAGACAUGAGGUACAGUGAUUUCUCUAGAAAUCAUCAGUGUUCCUGCAUGUCCCUGACUUUUCUUGCGUUUGAGAAUGAGGGUGGUCACUUUAACACGGCUGCCCUCGAUAGAGUGCUGGCACAGGGAGAUUCACUGUACGUAGCAGUGAAACAACAGCUGAUCCUGGAGAGAAGAUACAAUGAUGACCAUCUUAGCGUUGAGGAAAUGCCAAAACAAGUCCUGACAGACACAAAUAUGUACAAUGUCCAUAUGUCCGACAUUAAAUGUGGACUCGUCAAAGCCAGCAGCAACGGAAACCAGGGUCUCCUUUCCCUUGCUGAAGAGCUUCAGUGUCUGUCAGGUCAUGUUAGGCAUGCGUUCAUCAUUGUAUCUCCAGAGGUUAUUGCAGUUUUCCGUGACAAAUCAGGGAGGUAUGGCGUGUUUGAUUCACAUGCCAGAAAUUCAGCAGGUCUACCAGACCACAACGGAACUGCAAUCAUGAAGACCUUCACUGAAAUCAGUGACCUGGCUGAGCACCUGCUCAAACUCUUUGCCGAUCGUGGACCUUUUGCCACCUAUGAGUUGGUGCUUGUGUCAUUUGAAGCCGUUGGUUCCAGUGAAUGUCUUCAGCAAUCGUUGAGUAGAAAGAAAUUGUAUAUGACGACAAAGUACAUAUCGCACCAGAGCUUUAGGCAAAAGAAAAAGGAGCGUUUCUAUGCUAGGUACCACAGUGAUCCUGAGUUUAGGUUACGCUGUAUCAAACGCUGUAGCCAGCGCAGAGUAACCAAACUGUCCACAGAUGCUACUUUUUGCAUCUUUAGCAAGAUGCAGAGGGCAUUAAGGAUCAAGCGAAAAUAUAGGAAGCUAGUGCCCCACACCCCCCGCCAUUCGCAGGCCAUGAUUAACCCUGUGAUGGAAGCCACCAUCACAGCAUUUCGCGAGCUAAUUCGUCGUGGACCAACGUGCGUUUGUACGGUGUGCAACAGAGCAAUGUUUCCUAAUCAGGUUAAAUUGUGCAAUAGGGGAAAGUACACCCAAAAACCCAGAGUGGCCGCAGCCUGCUUAACAGGCAAGUACGUCCAUUUUUGUGACGACGACUGCUCUGAACAUUGCUCUGUUGCACAAGAGCGACUGCAGGAGUGGAUCUGUAACACAUGUGACAGCCACUUGAAGAGAGGACGCAUGCCACCAAUAGCCACCGCGAACCGACUGGAGUUGGCACCGAUCCCCCCGGAGUUGGCUACGCUCAACGUGCUCGAGAGGCAGCUUAUUGCCAAAAUACUGCCUUUCGCCAAGGUUAUCGCUCUGCCCAAAGGACAGCAAAAAGCAGUCCGCGGAGCUGUUGUGUGCGUUCCAUCGGAGAUGGAAGCGACUGUCAACAGUCUCCCAAGACCCAGAUCGGAAGCGCAGCUACUUCAAGUUAAGUUAAAGAGGCGCAUUAACUAUAAGGGCUACCAGCACUUCUAUACUGUUAACAUGAAAAAUGUUUUAGCUGCCCUCGCCAUGCUUAAAAAGAUGCAUUCUGAGUAUCAGGAUGUAUCCAUUAACGACAGCGCCACUUUUGACGAGUCGGUCGAUCAAGACGACUCGCAGCACAAUGUUGCUGAUGCUGCCCAGCCGGAGCAGCAUCAGGGAGACAUUGAGGCUGGCAUAGACCUUGAGGAGGUUUUUAGUAGUCAGAACGACCCGGACCCCAAUAGACGUCGUCAGCCCAAGGAAGCUGACGAGGAGGAGGAGGAGGAGGAGCUUAGACCUGGCCUGACUCUGGACACGUGUAUGCAGCCGCCUGACAUCGCGCAGGAAAUUCUUACGUAUGGCGAUGGAAUAUUUAGCGUUGCCCCCGCCCAGGGCAACAAACCAGUAGGGUUCUUCGCCAUACCGAAACUAGAAGCCAUGGCUUUCCCUGUGCAAUUCCCGACAGGAGAGAACACACUGGAUGAACCCAGAACCUUCUCGCUCUCGCCUAGCAUGUAUUUUAAUUGCAGGCUGUUUGCUGCUGAUACACGUUUUGCUAGCGACCAAACGUAUCUUUUCUUUGCGCAGUUUGUCACAGAGACGCACCUGGCGACAAACAGCAUGUCGAUUCAAAUGCGCAAAGGCAGGUCCAGAGCUGCAGAUGGCCGUCAUAUUAACAACCUCAUGCUCCUGGACCGAGACGAGGUGCAACGGCUCAUUAUGAGCCAAGACGCAACUCGGUUUAUGCAACCUCUUCGAGGCACCCCGGCUUAUUGGACAAAAACGCUCAAAGAUGUCCACGCCAUGGUCCGGCAAAUUGGCAAACCCACGUUUUUUGCAACGUUCUCCGCUGCCGAGAUGAGAUGGCCUGAGGUCGUAGAGGUCAUAAAUGCUCAGCAGGGAGAAAUAGGGGACUUUUCAGAGCUCGACUGGAAAGCGAAAUGCGACAUUCUGCGGAGCAACCCCGUAACGGUGAUGCGCAUGUUUGAAAAGCGAGUCGAUGCUCUGAUGACCAACCUUAUCCUCUCACCAGCACAGCCCAUUGGUGAAGUAGAGGAUUACUUUUAUAGGGUUGAGUUCCAAGCUAGAGGAAGUCCCCAUAUACACAUGCUGAUUUGGAUAAAAAACUCACCCAAAUUUGACGACGCCUCUGACGACGAAGUAGCAGCGUUUAUAGAUCACUACAUCUCAUGUGAGAUGCCUGACCCCGAGACAGACCUGGAGCUCCACGGAAUUGUCUCGGAGGUUCAGGUGCACAGCAGGAACCAUUCCAAGUCCUGCAAAAAAGGCAACGUUGCCUGUAGGUUUGGCUUCCCUAAACUGCCCGUGGAUGAAACCUUCAUCACUAGGCCCCCCGUUGUUCGCCCCUCUGGAGUUUUAGACGAAAACCAAGACGAGGCUGCUGCUAGAGAACGUAGGGAGAAGCGGGCAAUCGCUAAGAAGCGAAAGAAAGCCAAAGCCAAGCUUCAGCAAGUUAGAGACUUGCUCAUGGAUGCAGGCGCUUCAUUUAGCAGCUUGACGGAGUUGCUCGACCGAUGCGGUUUGACGCGUAAGCAGUACCGUAAGCUCUUCGACCGCGCCGCGAACAGCAACGUCGUGGUCCUGAAGCGGCAUCCGAAUGACUGCUGGGUUAAUCAGUACAACCCAGACCUGCUUCGUGCCUGGAACGCCAACAUGGACAUUCAGUACGUCGUGGAUGACUACAGCUGCAUCAUGUACAUGAUGUCCUAUGUGUCGAAGCCAGAGCAUGAGAUGACUCAAUUCCUUAAGAACGUCAUCAAAGAUGUAAAACAGUCCAACGUAAAUGAGCGUGACGAAAUGAAGCAGAUUAUGCAGGCCUAUGUUAAACAUAGAGAGGUCAGCGCUCAAGAGGCUGUUGCUCGCACCUGCAGCUUGCGUCUGAAGAGGUGCUCCCGCUCCGUUGUGUUCCUUCAGACCGACGAGGAGGGUCUGAAGAUGAGUCACCCUAUUGGCAGACUCAAGCAAAUGGAGCCGGGUUCGGAGGAGGUGUGGAUGUCGGGCCUGCCUGACAAAUACGCCUACAGGCCUGUCGAGCCGGAGUUCGAGCACAUGUGCAUGGCCGAGUUUGCGUCGGAGUACAGGGUGCUGUACGGGCAGCAAACUGAAAGUAGAAGCGGCAUCCCCCUCUUACACGACAUGGGCUUUGUUCAGAAGAGGACUGGGAAACCAGCAAUUAUUAGAUUUCCUCGCUUCUCAGAGCAGAAAACACCUGAGAAGUUCUAUAGAAGACUGCUCAAGCUUUAUCUCCCACACAGAUCCGAUGACGACCUGAGAGAUGAAGCACACCCGACUUACGAGCAGUUUUAUAAGUGUGGCCAAAAGUAUGGCGUGCGUGUCCGAGCCAUCGUAGACCGCAACAAACAACGCUAUGAAGGUCAAGGUCGGAAGCUUGACGAAGCGUUGGAACAGUAUCGGGUGCAUGGCCCUAUAGUUAAUGAAUUGGACUGUUAUGCGCCUGAAGUAGAGGCAGACCGGUUAGAGUGUCUUGCAGAGCGAGAACCUGACGAUGAGCGUGAAGACCAAGAAGAAGUUCCUGAAUACGAAGUCAAGAAAGACGGGAGGAGCUCCAUGCCUAGGAUAGAAGCGCCGCAGUUGAGUCCAGACUUUGUGAGAAAAAUGUAUCAAAGUCUGAACGAAACGCAGGCUUCUAUCUUCUACAGCAUACGUCAGUGGUGCUUUGAACUUGUGUGGGGUCAUGACGUCGAGCCGUUUUAUUACUUUUUGACCGGGGGAGCUGGCUGUGGUAAAUCGCACGUAAUCAAGUGCGUUCACCAGGAGGCAACGAGGAUUCUGCGUGAGCUCCCCAGAUUCCGGGACCAUGCAGACAUGUCCCAGCCUGCGGUGCUGCUGACCGCCUUCACUGGCACAGCAGCCUUCAACAUCGCUGGCGUAACGUUGCACUCCGUCCUCAAACUGCCAAGAUCCUUGAAGCCACCGUAUCAAGGUCUUGGAAACGCCCUUGAUGAGGUCAGAGCGGCGCUGUCCAAUGCGGAGAUUCUCAUCAUUGACGAGAUCUCCAUGGUUUCCAAAGAGCUGUUUGCCUACGUCAACUGGCGUUUUCAACAGAUCCGAGGAAACAAGAAGCCGUUCGGAGGAAUUUCUGUCCUUGCUGUAGGUGACUUUUAUCAGUUGCCGCCUCCCGGUAGAGCCAAGCCGCUGUGUGUGUACGAGGAGACGGAGUUUGAUCUCUGGAAGGAUCACUUCAAAAUGGUCGUCCUUACAGAGAUCAUGCGACAGAAGGACGAUCGGGCUUUUGCUGAGCUCUUGAACCGCCUGAGAGUGAAGCAAAAGCGCGAUCCUUUGAGCAACGAAGAUAGACGGUUGCUCACACAGGCAGUGGCCGACAUCAAGGAUUGUCCAGUAGAUAGGCUGCAUAUAUAUGCCACCAACAAAGAAGUUGACCGUCACAACUCCGCCACUGUAGCCUCCCUCCACGAGGAUGCCAUUGACAUCGCAGCUCAGGAUUACCGUAAAAUGCCUACGACCGGCUGCAUGACGAUGGUGUUCGCCGUUAAAGGUAACCAGCGAGACUUGCCUGACAACAUAAUGGCUGCUCAAGGAGUACGCGUUAUGUUGACCAGGAAUCUCGACGUGGAGGACGGAAUUGUUAACGGAACAUUCGGAACCAUCUCGCACAUUGUGAUGACGGAGCGCGAGCCAAAAUAUGUAAAGUUGAUUGGACUCCAGCUGGACAAUCCCACAGCAGGACAGAGAUUCCGCAAAAAGAUCUUGGGUCCCUCAGACAAUCUGGCCUAUAUUGAAAGGUCUGAGGAGAACCUGAGCAGCAAAAAAGGCGUUGUUCGUCGCCAGUUCCCCAUGAAGUUGGCUUUUGCCUGUACGGCCCACAAAGUACAAGGCAUGACGAUGGCGUCGGCGGUUGUGUGCCUGAAACGCGUCUUCGAACCGGGCAUGGCUUAUGUAGCUCUAAGCCGCACAACUUCGCUGGGAGGUCUGACCGUCUGCGACUUCGACGAGAAGAAGAUCUACGCCGACCCCGAGAUAAAGAUGGCUAUGGAAAGUAUGCCUCGAGCGUCUUUCCAGAGCUGUAGACCGUUGUUGAGUUUUCUUCAAUCCGUGCAACAAACUCCAAAGGUUUUGACAAUUGUCCACCACAACACGCAGGGUCUGCCAUGUCACAUGGUGGACCUGAGAGCGCAUCAUGAGCUCCAACAAGCGGAUGUGCUUUGCCUUACAGAGACACAUUUGUCGGGGUCUUCUGUAGCUGAAAUUUUUCAAUUGGAGGGGUAUGCCAUGUUCCCACGUAGCAGACAGCUGUCUUACAACAGCUGUGUGGACAUGGCUAAAAAAGAUGGAGGUGGAGUUGCAGUGUACUGCAGAGACUAUGUGCAAGCAGAGCCUCGCAGGUACAUGCAACAGGUCACGGAUUUGGAGUUUGUUGUUGUUAAAAUCAAGGCUCCGGUCAAAGUACUAUUGGCGACGGUUUACAAACCGCCAAAUUUUCAAUUAGGAAUCUUUCUCCAAAAUUUGAAAAACCUCUUGGACUCAUUGGCCAUUUUAAAUCACCAGCCCAUUGUUGUUUGUGGCGAUUUUAAUGAGGAUCUUCUUUCGAAAGGAAAAAAAAGCAUCAAAGACUUAUUUCAGUCCAGAGGUUACACUCAAUUAAUUAAAGAGUCCACCACCGAGAAGAACACGCUGAUUGACCACAUUUAUAUUUCACAUCCUGAUAAGUGUCUUCAAUCAGGUGUUCUCCAAACGUACUACAGUUACCACAGUCCGGUUUAUUGUAUUUUGACCGACUAAGCCUCUCUAGCCAACACAUGAUCCAUAGAAAAGUUCGAGUUUCUGUAUCCUGUAAGGUGUGUGUGUGUGUGUGUGUGUGUGUGUGUGUGUAAUGCAUAUGUAGUUUCUAGGCACUCCUUGAGCCUGGUCAAGGAGUAGUUUAUCGUCACUGUUAUUGUACUCUCUCUGUAAAGUGUUAAUUGACCUUAAUUUUUUUUUUGUAAAAAAAAAAACCUUCACAUUGUUUCAUUUUGUCAUAACUUGUCUGCGUGGGCGUUUUUCUUAUUUAAUUGUUUUUCAUAUACGUGUUUCAGGUCACUCAUUCAGUUUGUUCAAUGAGUGCCCAGUUUUUCAAUUGUGUAGUUUUAAGUUAUUGUUAAGACUAAUAAUUGUAGUGGCAUGUGUUGGCUGGAAAUGGUUGAAUCUUAUGUAAAUGCAGUGUAAUUGUAUUUAUUUAUGUAAUAAAGGGCUCCGCAUUAUCUUGUCAUUUACUGAGCUGCUGAGAACGGCGGUCAAUUUAAAAUGUUAUGGAAUUGGCUUAGCUAAUGUAAUGUAAUGUUAUGUAAUCUUGUAUUGUAAUGUUGCUUUAUGUAAAAUCAAGCUGAAUGUCAACAAGGUCCAUCACAAGGUAAGUAUCUCUCUUCCUUUGAAUUAUUCACUCGCGUUUGAGUAAUGUAACUAAAUCCCCCUCCCUUUCUCUUCUUCAGGCUCUCUACUGUCCAUGUUCAAAAGCAGGAGUAUCUCACAGCAGAGUGAGGAGGAAAUGAAGAGGACCACAGCUGAUCUCGUGCCAGAUGAAGACCUCCAGAAGACUAUAGCAGCUCACUCUCCAGUGAAGACAGCAACCCAGCAGAAGAACGAAGAACAACAGACUCAGGAAGAAGAUCUCCAGAAGAUCCCCCCCCCCUUUUAUCUUUAGUUUCCUGAUUGGUUCGGUUGUCUUGUCUGCUUCUUAGAUUAGUUCUCAUUGUAUUUAGUAGGGAGGAUACACACCAGGUCCUAGGGCCUGUGAUUAGUUGACCGGUAGUACCUAAUCUGCUUUUUGUUGCUACAGUAAUGCUUUUAUGUCUGAGGACUAUAGUUGACUUGUUAACUUGAGUGCAGUCCUAAAGUUUCCAUCAAUGAAACUGUCUUCAUGUUAAACUGUUCAUGUUGUUGUUGCCCAAAUGAGGAUGGGUUCCCUUUUGAGUCUGGUUCCUCUCGAGGUUUCUUCCUCAUGUUGUUGUCUGAGGGAGUUUUUCCUUGCCACCGUCGCCACAGGCUUGCUCAUUGGGGAUAGAUUAGUGACAAAAUUAGCUCAUGUUUUAAGUUGUUCAAAUUCUGUAAAGCUGCUUUGCGACAAUGUUUGUUAAAAGCGUUAGACUUAUGUUGAUUUUUGCUGACUCAUCGGGUGUUUUUCAAUGCCUUGGUUGUUUGCUUGUGUUUUAUGGAAAAAUAAACCAAAUAUCUGCUGCAAAA